AUGCCGUUCUUUGAAUUUCUGCACAUUGCUCAUAUUUUACCGUUGGGAGAUUGGGGUUGCUUUGGGAGCGUAACAAAAGGGAUUGGAUUAGGUGGAUUCAUCGUCCACACAACCACCCCGCAUUCAUCAUCCUUGCAUGCUGCUGCCUCGCUGCCCUCCUCCGCUCUGCUCCGCUCUGCUCCGCUCUGCUCCUCGUUAAUUACCGAUGUCCAUCUCUUCACCAUUCCCGCCUCAUCACCACCACCCUCUCCUCCCCUUGCUAGAAAAACACAACACAAACACCCUCCACAUCAAGCAAAUCCACGCCCACGCCCUCAGGACCUCGCCCUCGCUCCCGCCCCAGGAGAACAACGCUCUCCUCUUCCUCUACUCCCGGCGCCUCGUUCACCACUCCUCCUCCGCCAACAGCGACGACCUCUCUUACGCCUGCAAACUCCUCGACACCGGCUCGCCCCCUCUCAGCCUGCUCCCAACUCCUUCUGCUUCAACUCCCUCAUCCGCGCCAGCUCCGCCGCCGCUCCUCCUCCUCGACGACGACAAGCGCAGACGCCACUUGCCCCUCCGCCUGUAUCGCCGCAUGCUCCUAAUCGGGCACCGACCCCGACAACCACACCUUCCCUUCGUCCUCCGGCUGCGCCUUCCUUCUUCGACUACUGCGUUCGCUGCCAGGUGCACUCCUACGUAAUCAAGCUCGUUUCUCUUCCCGACGUCUACGUAUGCAACAGCCUAAUACACUUCUACUCCUCCUGCGGCGAGCUGGCCCUGGCCAGAUGCGUGUUCGACGCGGAUGCCGACGCGGAAAGGGUGUCUUGGAACGCGCGUCAUCGAUGCGCACUCGUCGGCGGGGAGUACGAGGUUGCCCUCGGCCUCUUUAGGUCGGCGAUGAGGGAGGGAGUGGAGGCUGAUGGGUACGCCAUGCAGAGCGUGCUCCGCGCGUGCGGCGGCUGGGGUUCUAUCUCUCGAUUGUGGGCUCACGCGUUCAUGAUGAACAGAAGCGGCGGCGGCGGCCGCGGCAAGGAUGUUCUCGACGAUGUUCUGAUAAACAACUCGCUUCUUGACUUGUACUCGAAAUGCGGGCUAUCCGGAUGGCUCGUCAGGUUUUCCACCGGAUGCGCGCGAGAUGUUCCUUCUUGGAAUUCGAUGAUUCUCGGGUGCGCGACGCACGGCAGGGUGCGAGAAUCUUUGGAUUUGUUCGAGGACUUGUGCGCAGCCGACGGCCUGAAGCCGAAUUCUAUUACGUUCGUCGCGGUUUUGAGCGCCUGUAAACACGGAGGCCUCGUGAACGAGGGACGGAGAUACUUCGGCCUUAUGACUAACGAGUUGGGGCUAGAACCUGAGCUCGAGCACUUCGGGUGCAUGGUCGAUUUGCUGGCUCGAGCUGGGUUUAUAUCUGAAGCGCUCGACGUCGUAAACGAAAUGAACUGCAAGCCGGAUGCGGUUAUAUGGAGAUGUAUUCUCGAUGCUUGUUGUAAGAAAAAUGUCGGGAUAGAUCUUAGCAGCUCAGUAGCACAGAAAGCUAUCGAGGCAGGGGACGAACAUGCUAACAGCGGAACUUACGUGCUGCUUUCGAAGGUUUACGCAUUGGCAAACCGAUGGGACGAUGUAGGAUCGGUUCGGAAAAUAAUGUCUGAAAGGGGAAUAAGAAAGGAGCCAGGGUGUAGCUCGAUAGAAAUCGACGGGCUUGUUCACGAGUUCAUUGCUGGAGAUACCUCGCAUCCUCAGUCGGAUGAGAUAUACGCGAAGAUGGGUGAAGUGGAAGAUAAGCUGGCGUCGGUUGGAUAUAGGCCAGAUUCGUCGCAGGCCCCGAUGGUGGCUGGAGUCGAGGGAGUGAAAUCGGGGUCUCUGAAGUUUCACAGCGAGAGGAUCGCUAUUGCGUUUGGAUUGCUCAACGCGAAGAAGGGGAUGCCUAUAAGAGUACUGAAGAACUUGAGGGUUUGUGGAGAUUGUCACACUAUGACUAAAUUGAUUUCUAGAGCGUAUGAUGUGGAGAUUGUGGUGAGAGAUAGAACUAGAUUUCAUCACUUCAAGGAUGGCUCUUGUUCGUGUAUGGAUUAUUGGUGAUUACCUCAAUUAGGAGAAGAUUCAUACUUUGUUAUUGAUAAAGACAACUCAAACUAAAUGAAAAUAGUAUCAAGUAGACUUGGCCUAUUAC